AUGCCCGGCGGACUGCCGGCCCUCCUGUCGCGCCCUGCCAAAUGGCCGGGGGUCGCGCUCGCGGCCGCCGUCUUCGCCUUCCUCGACGUCCUCGACGUGCUCCUCUGCCUCGUCUACGCCGCGCUCGACGCCGUCCUGGAGGACAGCCCCGUCGCCUGCUUCUGCCACCGGACCCAUGGCGCGGAGGGGGUGUCCGACACAUUGUACCUCCGUAGGAGCGCCUUCCGGGACGCGCUGCUGGCGCUCCUACGGACGGUCGGCGUCGGGAAGAGGACGACGAACGCGUCGCCGGAGAAGGCGCGGAGCCCGAGGUGGUCCGACUGCGGCUGCGCGAGGUGCCUCGCGUGGCGGAGCGCCGGCGGCGGCCGGCUGCACUUCGUCGCCGGCAAAGAAGAACCGACGCCGACCAAAGGUACUACGAUUUUCCGUUUUUCAGUUACUACUCGCAGAGGUCCCGGGGACGACGCCAUCUUCAUCCACGGCUUCACGUCGUCGUCCUCCUUCUGGGCGCAGACCGUGUUCCCGGAGCUCGCCGCCACCACGAACCGCAGGCUGCUCGCCGUCGAUCUCCUCGGCUUCGGCGACAGCCCCAAGCCGGCGAACUGCGCGUACACGCUGCGGGACCACGUCGAGGCCAUCGAGCGGAGCCUCAUCGACCCACUCGGCCUCACCUCCUUCCACCUGGUCAGCCACUCCAUGGGCUGCACCGUCGCCAUAGCUCUCGCCGCGAGAAACCCGGCUCGGGUCAGAUCCAUCACGCUCGUCGCGCCGCCGUACUUCCUGCCCUGCGAAGAGAGGGCGAGUCAGGUGGCGCUGACCCGGCUGGCCGAGAAGAAGCUCUGGCCGCCGCUGGUGUUCGGCACGGCGGUGAUGUCCUGGUACGAGCACAUCGGGAGGACUGUCUGCUUCGUCGUCUGCAAGAACCACCGGGUCUGGGAGUGGCUCAUCAGGAUCCUCACGCGAAAGAGCGGCGUGGACUUCGUGGUCAGGGACCUGACGAGGCACACGCAUCACUCGGCGUGGAACACGAUGCACAACGUGAUCUGCGGCGGGGCGGGGGUGCAGGACCGGAACCUGGAGGUGCUGGCGGCGGCCGGCGUGCCGGUGAGGGUGGUCCACGGCGACGGGGACCAGGUGGUUCCGGUCGAGUGCAGCAGCCGUCACCUGAAAUCGAAGCUCCCACGCGCGGAGCUGCGUCUCCUGGGCGGACGCGACCACCGGACGGUGGUCUUCGGAAGGGAGAAGGAGUUCGCCGAGGAGCUCCGAGAGUUCUGGUCAGGUUGUGAGAACCGUGAAGCCAUGGUGAUGGAUGGAUGCGUCAGGACGUGAGGGUUUAAUGAGUGCUGGUAAACGUAACAACCCUGAGUUUCAAUCCUUGCAGCCCAGUGUACAGAACUACAAUUACAGGAUGAACCAUCGAACUUGUAAAUGUCAGAACGAAUUUAGGUACACCGGAACGACUCUCUGAA